UGUCAAAAGUUCAAAACAUCUUUCACAGGCACAGCUGGCAGGAAAAUAUAAAAUCAAUCAAUUUUAUUUUUAUCUAACGUGAUUUAACGAUUUAUUGCUAAAAAGUAAAGUUCAGGAUGUUACAAGAUUACGAUGACGAUUAUUUUCUCGAAGAAGAUAAAAUAAGUGAAGUGAAUAAAAAGCUCAAUAAGUGCAACGCAAUGUUUUCCGUCCACUCUAGCCAAACCGAAAGUGAAACCUCAUUACUUCUUGAUGUAGAUCAUACUAAACAGGUUCUAGACAGCCGCACAUUCGGAGAGCCCAAUGAAGUAACAGCCGAUAGCAACGGAAUGGGUAAGGUCACGGAAGAAAUUGCGUUUGUUUCGAAUGACGACCUGCCAGAUCCGGUGCUAUAUGCCGAUGGUUGUGUUGACGAUACCAAAAUCAUUAUGCUUUGUCAGAAACAGGAAAUGGAAAGGCUGGGUAUGACGGUUAGCUCCGGAACGGUCGUUAUCAAGAAAGACACUACUAAUCUUAUAGGCAUAAGCAUCGGUGGCGGAGCUCCACUUUGUCCUUGUCUCUACAUUGUUCAGGUCUUUGACGGAACACCGGCCGCUCGCGAGGGUACGUUGCAAAGUGGAGAUGAGUUGUUGGGUGUGAACAGUGUAUCGGUGAAGGGUAAAACUAAAGUCGAGGUGGCGAAAAUGAUACAGGCUGCUACGGAGGAAGUGACCAUUCACUACAACAAACUGCACGCUGAUCCGGUGCAAGGUGAAACGUUGGAUAUUGUGCUCAAGAAGAUGAAACAUCGGUUGGUAGAAAGAAUGUCCAGCGGUACGGCUGAUACGCUGGGACUGUCCCGAGCAAUUCUGUGCAACGAUUCGUUGGUGAAACGUUUACAGGAAUUGGAGAGAACUGAAGCGAUGUACAAAGGACUAGUCGAGCAUGCAAAACGAAUGCUAAAGGCCCACUUUGACGUACUUCAAACGUAUCAAGCAUUCGGAAACAUUUUUGCUGCAAUCAGUGUCCGAGAACCACAACCAAGAGCGUCCGAAGCCUUCCGGGUAUUCGGAGAGCUGCAUCGCAACAUGGAAAAAGACGGUAUCAAGAUGAUCAAAAGUUUGAAACCCAUUCUGGCUGAUAUGGGCACGUAUCUGCACAAAGCAAUUCCCGACACCAAACUAACGGUGAAACGAUAUGCCGAUGCGAAGUUUACUUAUCUGUCUUAUUGUUUAAAGAUAAAAGAAAUGGAUGAUGAAGAGCACGGUUAUGCUGCGAUUCAGGAACCAUUGUAUCGCGUUGAAACUGGGAACUACGAGUAUCGACUGAUUCUUCGUUGUCGCCAGGAGGCUCGAGUAAAAUUUGCCAAACUUCGAAGUGAUGUACUCGAGAAAAUGGAACUGCUAGAAUGCAAACACGCACGCGACUUAGCUUCACAACUAAGAAAGUUUAUUCAGGGACUAUCCACCUUGGCAAACGAAACCGUCGAACGUUUGGAAUCCAUUCCGAAUCUCUUUCCUAUCGAAGUUGACUUGAAGCCCAGCGCAUUUCAAUAUAAAUCAGCUAUUAGAUUUCCACCGGAAGAAGGCGUGGACGAAGAAAUCCAGCAAGGCGAGGAAGCAGUUGAAAGGCCCGUUCUUAAAACUACCAAAGAGAAUGGAUCCUCUAGUUACGGUGGAGCUUCCAUCGAUCAGCUGCUCGCUGGUUUCGAAGAUGUCGACUUGAAUAAAAGUGCCACCAGUGAUAGCAAUGAUCUUCUGGUAGAGUUGGGUUUGGCCGACAUUGAUCUGUCGAUGGGGAAACAGUCGAACCUAAUGGAUGAUUUGCUGAUACCGGAUAUGAGCGAUUUUGGAAAGUAAGUUUCUUUGGAGUAUUUAUAGAUGUCAUAAUAUAUUUUAACUGCACGUAACCGAAGAAUAAA